CUCUAACCAAAAAAAUAAUUUUAAGCUUAGGUACUUCAAUUAUUACAAAGUUUUGGUACCCCAAGCUUGCUGCUUUUCGCUCAAUCGCUUCUAGCACGAGAUGGAACUGUGCAAGCUAUUCAUGGACAUCACAAGAAAAGAUCAUUUGUCCUAAGAAGCUGCUCAUACGAGUAUUUUGGGGAAAAGAUGGCAGUUUCUUUGGACUGAAUUGCAAAGCCUUGAAUUCGAAUUCUAUGAUUGGGGUGAAAGUAAGGAAAGUAAGAAUACAAUUGAAUUUGUGACUUGGGUUAAUAGGAUCAUUGCUAAUCGUCGUGGAAAUUAUCUUGAGAAGUUGAUGGUUGAUUUCAAGUACGAGGAUUGCUUUUCUACCGAUGUUGAUAACUGGCUCCAGUUUGCCUUGAAAAAUAAGGUGAAAGAAGUUAGUUUGAGAAUGAACUUCAACCAAGAUUUCUACAUUCUUCUUGAAAUGAUGUAUUCAAAUUCAUCCUUGACAUCAUUGUAUCUGGAAGGUUGCAUUUUGGAUCCUGAAAGAACAAUCAAAUGGUCAUCCUUGACUAAAUUACAAAUAUCGGGAGUGGAUUUGCCUCAGUCUGUAGUUGAGAAGAAUUUAUCAGGGUGUCCUGUUUUGAACUCCUUGGAUCUGAGUGAGUGUUGGGGAUUCACUUGUUUGGAGAUCAACUCUCAAAAUCUAUGUGAACUGCGAGUAAGGGACUCUGAAAAUGAAGAAAGUGUUGGUUUUCUUCAAAUUUCAGCACCCUAUAUAACAUAUUUGAGUCUUUGGUUGCAUCAUGCCGGAAGACAAAUAAACCUCAAAGACAUCUCAUCUCUUGUUAGUGCUAGUUUUUAUUUCAUCGAACCCUUUUGGAAUUUGAUAAUUCCUGAGGAUGAUUUGAGUAGUACGAAAGAAUUUUUUGAAAAGAUUCAUCAUAUCAAGGAGCUUGAACUGGGUCCCGAACCUCUUAAGGAGUAUUUCAUUGAGCCCAACUUCACUUGAGAGAAGCUACACAAAAGACAUAACCCAUUAACCCUAGUUGGCUGAACUGAAGACACUCCUGGACGCCGCCGCCUCACUAUCGCGGUUCCACUAUCGCGCCUCACCAUCGCAGCUCCACCAUCGCGGCCUCACCAUCGCGGCUCCACCGUAUCCUCGCUCCACCAUUGCCGCCCCGCCAUCGCCCCUCCACGAUCUCCGCUCCUCCAUCGCCGCCUCACUAUCGCCGCUCCACCAUGACGCUCCACUACCCUGCUUGCUCGUCCAUCCUUAGUUGCUGGAGUUCCAUCUCCUAGUGCCUCUCUGUCAUCCAUUACGAUACCAAGGUGUUCUCCAUUAUUCUGGAACUAUUACUAAGGAAAAAGGAACAUGAGCUCCUUUUUAAGGAGAUGGAAUCAAAAGGCCCUAUUAAUAUGUGAUGCUGGUCUCAUUUUUUUGGAUUGCUAGAGAAGAUAAAACAGCUUCAUGCCCAGAGAUGAUAUGAAAUGAGCCAAUGAGGUAUAAAGGAAUACAGGAUGAAACUUGUCAAGUUAACAAAGAAGUGAUCAAGAUGCUAUAGGGUUGAGGAAUGAUGUUUGGAAUGAAGUGAGAUGAUGAUGAUUCCAUACAUGGUGGUUUUCAAUGUUCAGGAUCCAUUAUUCAUUCAAUGUAACAAGACGCAAGAGCAGUGGGCAUCCUCUGACAUUACGUGCAUUUUGUAGUAUUUUUAUUGUAUUUUAUAAGCAUCUCUUAAAAUGCUAUGUAAUUUUUGUUGAAUACUUGGAAAAUAUGAUAUCUAGUGGGAUUGUGGAAAUAUUGUAUUCCGUAUUUUUAAUUAGCAUGAUUUAUAAUAUGCAAU